AUGGCAACCCAACAGAUUUACCAGCCCCUUCCGGCAGGGUCUAUACGUUUAUUAUCAAUUGUCCCGGGAUUUGCAUCCGAGGCGAUCAACUGCAGUCUAGUCGUAGUCGCCGACGUAGAGCAGGCGCCGACGUUUGACGCGAUAUCAUAUGUCUGGGGUACUGAACUAUCCGAAGAACCCAUCAUGUGCAAUGGCCAGAGGAUGACAGUCACGAAGAACUUGAUCGAGGCCAUGAGAUAUCUCCGUCCGCUUCCACGCUGGGACUCAGUCAUCACUUGGCCAGAAAAUCAUCCUCUUCAUUCGAGUCGCAACGUUUGGCGCGAGUUCGCCUCUAAUCGGCAAGAAGAGCGAGGGCAGUCCGACUUUCAGCAGGAAAGGCCCAUCUGGAUCGAUGCGCUUUGCAUCAACCAAAAGGAUAAUGUCGAGAAGUCACUCCAUGUGAAGUCGAUAGAUAGAGCCUAUACCAACGCCCAUACGGUCAAGAUAUGGCUAGGUAAAUUACCAAAUAUCGUAUAUCCGACUAAUCGGCCACCUCCGGAACUGCAACUACUAACAGGGGUACCCGUAUUCUUAACGCAACGGAGUAAGCCCAUCGGUAAACGCGGGAAGAUGCCGGUCAUCCUCACGAUGAUCGCACAAGCUUUGAGGAACGUCCAGGCCGGAGAGAUUUACCCUACGGCAUCAAAAUCUGCUGCAGAUGCCGUCUACCGAAAUUUAGUGCACGGCUUUCCUAACGCGUCGGCUGAGGAUUGGCAGUACCUCCGCGAGUUCUUCGACAACCUAUGGUUCCAACGCGUUUGGAUCGUGCAGGAAGUUGUUCUCGCUCCACGAGCGAUAGCUAUCUUAGGAGACUGGGAGGUCCAAUGGACAGCCUUAGGGCAAGCGGCCACGUGGUUUCAGACACAUGGCUUUGCGUUGCCCACUAACAUUGAAUUUAAGGGAGAGCUAGGAGACCUUCUGCCAAUAUCCGAAGUAGCCGCGAUGUGGCAUAUGCAUAUGACACCGGGGAAGAGACGGCCCUUACUUCAGAUGCUACGGGACCUUCGAGGGAGGAAAGCAACUCUCAAAGAAGACAAGGUAUAUGCAACCUACAGUUUAGCAGAAGAGACUGCAAAUACAGACAGGCUCGACCCGCUAAUCGAACCGGUCUACGGUAAUCCCAUCAAUGAAGUUUAUCAGAAUGUGAUUCGCUUCCUCGUGAUAGAACACGGGGAGCUUUCGGCAUUAUCUCAUGCCGGUGGAAUCCAAGGGCUGAAAACCACAGCGUGGCCAUCUUGGGUACCCGACUGGAGUCAACCAAAAGCAUGCGUUGAGUUGGUUAGCCAUAACCAGGAUGAUCCACCAUACAACGCAAACAGUAAUGAACAUCUGGCUAUUGGUGAUUCUACCGACCCAAGAUGCCUUUCCGUCAAGGGAAUUAGGGUUCUCCUAGGCGAAAUAAGAGUGUACGGGGAUAAACUUGUAAGCUAUGGGUUCCGACACAGGACGUACAAGGAAGAACGUGACUUUGUUGGAGCGGCCUGGAGUUUGAUAGCACAUUGGUCCGACAAGGUGAAUAACCUGGAAGAGAGGAGGCCAAAGUAUCGGCCAAAGAACAUACCGCACACAUUUGUUUCAACGCUCACAGCAGGUCUCAGCGAUACGAAACGGCCGAUCAACGAGGAUCCUGACUUCCUCGAUGAUGCAGCACAAUGGCUACUUCAACAGUUUGGGAAGCGAAUACCAGUCUCAGGAAUCGGCCAAAAAUGGAAGUGGUCAGAUACUCUUUGGAAGUCUUCGAACGAUUUUUUCGUCACGGCAGGAAAUUUGAUGGGGAUAGGUCCCGAAACAAUAGAAAGGGAUGAUAUGGUCGUGAUCCUAUUUGGUGGUAAGGUGCCUUAUGUAAUCCGAGAGCUCGGUGAGGGCAAAUACUCUUUCAUCGGAGAGUGUUAUGUCCCCGGUUUGAUGGCUGGGGAAGCUGUUGAACAAUGGAAGACGAACGAAAGCCAGGCGGAGUUUUUCAAUCUUGUGUAG